AUGAAUGUGCCAGAUAUCUUUGCCCCGGAACAGCCACGCGGUCUUAUUGUCGGGCGAGAGCACCGCGUGGUCGAGCACCGGGUUAUUGCACAAGUCGUCCACUUCUGGCGGAUAAAAGCGGAGAUUACAGCCCAACAGUUCCCGGACACAGUGAAUGGUGUCGUACAUAAUCGGGCGGAUCUAAUCCAAUGCCGGACACAUCUCUCGGUCGGCGACAAAGUGGACGACUUGUGCAAUAACCCGGUGCUCGACCACGCGGUGCUCUCGCCCGACAAUAAGACCGCGUGGCUGUUCCGGGGCAAAGAUAUCUGGCACCUGCACAACCUGCCCACCAAUCCCAAGGCGUCGCCGUCCAAAUGCAAUGUCACCAAACAUUCAUCCGAUGUGACAAAGAUAUGGCAAAAGUUUGACACCAAAGGCGACGCCCUAUUCCUCCUCGAAUCUCCCGGUCAGCUAAGUCUGGCGACCAUUUUAAGCACAAGAAAUAAGAAUCGACACGAUUUAGUACUCCUUCAUCGCCACAAAUACACAAUUUGGGACUUCAAUGGCGGCGCCCCUAAGGUCGAGGGCUUCAUCAAAGAGCAGCCGAUCACCGCUUACGGCAAUAAUAAGGGCACAAAGAAGCAAAUGUUUACCGAAAAGCCGAUCGUAGCGCCAGUAGAGGACGACAAACGCGAUGAGAAGAGUAUUGUCUAUCAAGAAGAGCCGUUCAGAAAGUUAUGUAUGGAUCCGACCAUCGAUUCGGCCGACUCUAGUCUUGACGGCACUGAAAUAUAUCUCUUCAAAGGCGAUAAUUAUUAUUUGUUGACAGGUUUGAAAGGGAAAGGCAUCGGAAAGUUGACCAAAUUUGAACGAUCGGACAAAUUGUUGCCUAACUUUAAGCCAAAAUCAGCCGCUGUUAUGACAUGCAAAGAGGGCCAAACUCGUGGGUAUGCUUACGAAUACUUCUCCAAAACAGCGGGAAAGAAGACGACAACAAUGUCUAAGAGUUGGGAAAUCGAUAAGAAUGUGGACAAACCGGAAGAUGAGUUUAUCGAGUAUACGGCCGCCGGGUUUACGGCCGCCUUUCACAACCGCAACGUUACCGACCCUCAGAUGAUUGUCCUCCGCAAUGACGAUAUAAUAAGUUGUCAACCGCUGUAUAAAUGGGCGUUUGCUGCCGUGCUCAAGCACUACGAGAGCGCCGAGAAGUUACCGCCGGGUGUGACCGCCGCUUUCUCGAUGCCCGACCAGAUGCUGUACUUGUUUCAGGGCAACCAUUACUGCUAUCGGGAGCUCUUUUACAAUAAAAAGCCACUUUUUUGUCCGGAAUGGCGAGACUCGCGGGAUCUGUUCGGGUGUUUCGGUCCCGACGUUAAGCGGGGAAAGACUCCAUCGCAGGGCAAUAAACACGACAAGAAGGCGUUGGCCGACCUGUGCUCCGAUCUGAACAUCGGAGACCUCGACAGGUCGUGGCAGAGAGAGGACACGGUAUACGUCUGGAGGGGUAAGAAGUUCUGGAAGAUCGCCGACUUUCCGCGGGCGCCACGAGUGGUACAGUCGUGGCAGAGAGAGGACACGGUAUACGUCUGGAGGGGUAAGAAGUUCUGGAAGAUCGCCGACUUUCCGCGGGCGCCACGAGUGGUACAGUCGGGCAAUACUAAUACAGAAUGGGACGGAUUCUCGGACGAUCCCGACGCUGUGGCCAUCAUUCAAGAGGGUAAAAUGAGACGCGGAUGGAUGUUAUCCUUUUACGGCGGCUAUUGGUCGGGUUGGUAUCCGGACCAGAGGCCAUGGAUCAGCUACAAGGCCUGGUGGGGUCAGCCAACCGGGACCAUGAAGUUUGGCGCCACAAUGCAUAACGGCGAUAUCAAGAAUCCAAUGGUUCUCGGCUUCGAUGGAUCGCAAGUAAACAAUUAA